AUGACACCAGAAACGAGGUCCGGAUCCUCACCGCCGCCGGAGCUGGCCCAGCCGGCCCCGCCCGACCAGCUGAUGCUCCCAUCGACGCCGACCUCGACGCCAUCGACGACGGGCACAGUGCCGGCCACCGCCAUCCUGGCCUCAGGCUCGAUCCGCGGCGUGUCCCAGACCAUCGAACGCAUCUCGCUCCCGCAGAUCUCCGCCCACAACCCCGCCCGCGAACCCAUCUUCAAGGUCGACAAGAAGUGGGCCUGCGGGACGUGCGGCCGGGUAUUUGUCCGCAGGAAUAACUGCAGGGCCCACGAGGCUACCCACCGCGACAUCCGCGAUCAUCUUGCUGCUGUUGAGGGCUCUGCGACAAAUUACGAAGGGCCGGACGAGUGGACGGCGAUUGACCCGUUUAUUCUUGGGCUCGCGGCCGUCGCUGCGUCUGCGGCCGGGUCUGUGGAUAGUCCUUCGCCCCGGGUCGGAGCCUGGGAGCCGCCAUCGCCGGCGCCUCCGCAGCAGUCCACCGGCCACUUCAACAUCUUCGAGACCUUCGGCCCCGCCGUGCCCCCCUCUCCUCCAUCCCCCACAACCGCCGCCGCCACUUGUGCUGCUGAUGUGUCUGCCCACUCGGCCGUCAGGCUGGACCUUCAUCAGGGCCCCCGCGUCACUCUGCUCCCGAUGGACAUCCAGCUCGAUCCUCGCUUGCUGGGCUGA